GCAUGGCGCUCACUCUCCUCGACGCGCCGAGCUCGCGAGACCGCACGCUGCACGCGAGCGGCACCUCCGACGUCUUCACCGCGCCGCUCGGCGGGAGAGGCUUUGAGGACGGAGGAGCCCUCGUGGUGGUCAAGCGGAGCAAGAUUACGUGCGCGCGCGACAUUGAGCGCUUCGAGCGCGAGGCCAGCCUCCUCGCGAGCCUCGCUCACGAGUGCGUCGUGCGGCCGCUCGGCCUCAUCCGCUCGCCGCCGACGUACGCGCUCGUGCUGCCGCUGCACGCCCGCGGCUCGCUCUUUCGCGCGCUGCACAACUCUGGCGCCGGCCUCUCGCUCCGGAGCCGCGCCUCGCUGGUCGCCGACGCGUGCGCCGCCGUCGCCCACCUGCACGAGCGCGGCGUGGUGCACCGCGACGUCAAGCCGGACAACUACCUGCUUCGUGAGGACGGUGCGGCGGUCCUCACCGACUUCAACGCGGCGGAGCGCUCCGACGCAGUCAGCGGCGCCAUCACGAUCCACACGCGCGCCAUCACCCUGCAUGCCCGGCCGACGGGCGGCUUCUUCAAGCAGUACGUCGUCGGCACGCUGCCGUACAUGGCGCGAGGGUUCAGUACCGCGCAGCUGCACACCAUCCUGGAGGCGCGGUACAACCACGACGCGCUCGUCGUCGCUAUCACGAGCCAGCAGCUGCGGCCGGCGCUCCCCCCUCUUGAGCCCUCGGCGGAGGCGCCGCCGCCGCAGCUGUCGCAAGGCGCAGCGGAGCGGCCGGCGGCGGCAGAGGCGGCCGCCGCCGCGGCUGGUGCCCUCGCGGCACUCGACGGCCAGGCAGCGCCGCCGCCGCAGCUCCCCCCCCGAGCGGAGGUCGCCGCCGCCACCGCCUUCCUCGACGAGGCCGCAGCAGGGCCGGGCGGCGAGGGCGGCGAGGGCGGCGAGGGCGGCGAGGGCGGCGAGGGCGGUGAGGGCGGUGAGGGCAUGGGCGAUGCGGGCGGCGAGGGCAUGGGCGGUGCGGGCGGCACGGCGGCUGCAGAGAUGGCCGGCUCCAGCGGUGGCGGUGGGGCUGCCGCCGCGUUCGCCUCGCUCGCGGCGUUGUGUGGCGGGGGGGGCAGCCGCGCGUGCCGAGGCGGAGUCGAGGCGACGGCCGGCUUGCGCGGCGCCGACCGGAUGGAGGACAGGCACGUGAUGCUCGUGCGGGGAGGCGUCGCCCUCGCCGCGGUCUUCGACGGGCACGGCGGCGACGGCGCCGCCGCCUUCUGCGCGCACAGCUUCGCCCUGAGAGCGGCGCGGGUGGCCGCCGCGGGCGGCACAGUGCAGACGACGGCCGAUGGCAAAGCGCGCGUCGGCGGGGUGAUCCAGGUGACGCGCUGCAUCGGCGACCGCCGCUUGCGCCACCUCGGCCUCAGCAGCGAGCCAGAGCUGCGCUGCUGCGCGCGCGCCCCGACGGACGUGGGGAUCGUGCUCGCGUCGGACGGGCUCUGGGACGUGAUGGACGAGGCGCGCGUGCUCCACUGCCUCACGCACACGGCGCGUUCGGCCGACAUGCUCGCCAAGCGGCUCGUCCUCGAGGCGAUGGACCGCGGCACCACCGACAACGUGACGUGCGCGGUGGUGCUGUUCUGA